CACAUUGUGUAUUUUAUAGUAAACAUAUCCUGUGUUGACUCAGCAUGCAUCGGCUGAUGUUGACAAGAUGAUACUUGGCAACAAGUGUGACAUCAAUGACAAGCGGCAAGUAUCCAGAGACCGGGGAGAGAAGCUUGCUUUAGAAUAUGGAAUCAAGUUCAUGGAGACCAGCGCCAAGUCUAACAUCAAUGUGGAAAAUGCAUUUUUAACGCUUGCUAGAGACAUCAAAACAAAAAUGGACACAAAAUUGGAGGGCAACAUGCCGCAGGGGAGCAGUCAGGGAGUCAAGAUCUCAGAGCCUCAGAAAAAGCGCAGCUUCUUCCGCUGUAGCCUCCUGUGAGGGCCGAGCUGUUGGAUAACUGGCUGACAGCCGGCUGGACAUAAAUGGACCGACUGCUUGCUCUCAGUAACCCCCCCUCCCCCCCGUCGUCCCUUCUCUGGCCACACAAACCAUUACGGUUCUGGCGUGGGUUAUCCCUCUUCUCUCCUGAAAGCUUCUAGUGGUGCAUUUCCACCAUUAUAAAGAGAACUGCUGUCUUCAGGGGUGAGACCACUUGACUGUUGUCGAGACGUUCACUGUCACAUAGCAGACAGACUCUUACUCCUCAUGUCGCUGUCUUUGUACCACGAGCCCACACUUCUUACUUCCGCUUCAUUCCAAGUCCCAUUUAGGACAAAUAACUUCAUUUAUAUUAAAGUUUUGAGAUUGGAAUGCAAAUGUGAUCUGUAUGUCAUUCAGGAUUUUUUUUUUCUCCGACUGCUAUAAAUGUGAGACGUAUCAACCAGAGAUUGAUGGGUUUGAUCAAUAGUGAAAUAGAGUUGCAGAUACUUUUCCACCUGAUCAAACGUGUGAAGAUGAGAGUUUGGAUUGAAAGGUUCGAAAGUUGUUUACACGUAAUGUCGUUGAAUUAAUCGAAGUGAUCAUGAACAUCUUUUUUUUUUUUUUUUCCCCCCCCUUACGCUUUGUCGGUUUUUCUUUUCAGCCACUCGAGAUAUACAUCCAACGACACAAUCACAAUCCAGCUCUAGGUGGCAGUGUUCCGCAAGGCUUUCCUCCAGUGCAGUAAGCUGUAGGAGUGUGUUCUACUUAGAGAAUGAAAACUUCUGCUGUAAAAAAGUGUGACAGCAGUAUCGUUGCAGCUCUGAUUCACUGUCUAACCUAAAGGACAUUUCUGGUUAUCUGUGGAGAAAAUAAAUUUUGAAGUUUCACACUGUAACCCCUCUUUCCUUGCUAACCAUGCAACUCCGCUUGCACUUUACAGUAGCUAGUGUUUCGUGUGUAGCCUGUGCCUUGUGCUAGUCUUUCAAAAUGAUACAAAUAAGAAAAGUAAUUUUGUCUAUUGAAUCUUUGUUUUGUUGCGUAUAUUGGGCAUAAUUCUUAAAUUGUACUUCUGUCUGAUUAAUCAGUUUAGCUGUCUCCCUGUUGGUGUUGAAUUAGUUCACUGUAAAACAGUAAGUAGCAAUAUGUGCUUAAAAUUGUAAGCCUCUACCAAAGUUUGUAUUUACUUAAGACAUCAGAUAGACUUGAGCUAAUCUUAAAAAUGGUCCAGUUGUUACUAUUACAUACUUUGUGUUGGAUUCUUUAUGGAGUUGACAGCUAGGUGACGCUUUGGGCACAAUAUUAGUUGUAGGCGUUCACACACCUAAAUUAUGCCAGUAUUUUUUUUAACACAAUCCACAGCACGUUAAAACGUUUCUUGUUAGUAUGCAAAUAUUUACCUACAAAUGGUAUUUAUCAUUGAAAUCUGUGCGGAAUUUCUUCUGUUUCUGUCCUAUGUUUGAAGUGGAUAUGAAGAACAAACUCUUAUGCACAGUAUCGAGGGCGCCUGAAUACAAUAUUGUUUGAUGCACUUUUUCGUGUCUACUCAUUUGCAUCGUCGUGACCACCAUGACCAUUUGUCUUAACCACUGAUAGUCAGUCAUAGCAGAGCUAUGCAUUGUGAGUCAUGGACCUGUAUUGUGUGUGUGUGUCUGUCUGUGUGAGUGUGAGACAUGUUUUGUAUUUAACACAUACAGCGAACGUGUGGGCUUUUGUAUACUGAGCCAGACACAGAACACGCUUUGUGGAAACUGGAGCCAGGACCUGGGAGUGCGAGUGAAAAAUUACCAAGAUGGAAAAGUGGUGAAGUAGGACUCGGUGGAUUGAGAAGUGGAGGUGGUGCUUUUGUCUUUAUUGAUUGAUGCUAGGUUGACAAAGAAACAUGGAGUCAACUUUAGGACGAUCAGUUUCACUCAAUACUCACAUUUUGUCUCAUAUCCUUAAGGCGCCUAUCAUUUGUUAAAUGUAACCUUUUUUUAUUUACAGUUGUCACUCCACUUGUGAAGUACAUGGGAGAGUACUUUGAAAAAAGUUGUAAAUAUGACAUUUAAAAAGACAUACUAAAACUGUACUGUACUUUCUAAACCCAUAUGAAAAUAUAUCUACACUUUGUAGAUAUGUACUUUUUACUUAAUAAAAUGAGAUUAUAAAACAGUGA